AUGGCCAGUGGUGAAGAUCACCAGUAUGAAGAUCUUGACAACCCAAGUGUUAAGACGGGGCAGGGUCAGUCUCAGGCUAACACUGAAUCCAACACAAACACCACAGCUACUGCAAUGACCACUGGUCAGGAUCAGACAGGACAGGGUCAGUCUCAGACCAACACUGAAUCCAGCACAAACACCACAGCUAUUGUAUUGGCCAGUGGUCAUGGUCAGACAGGGCAGGGUCAGUCUCAGGCUAACACUGAAUCCAACACAAGCACCACAGCUACUGUAAUGGCCAGUGGUCAUGAUCAGGCAGGGCAGGGUCAGCCUCGGGCAAACACUGAAUCAAACACAAACACCACAGCUAUUGUAAUGGCCAGUGAUAAUCAGACAGGGCAGGGUCAGUCUCAGGCCAACACUGAAUCCAACACAAACACCACAGCUACUGUAAUGACCACUGGUCAUGAUCAGACAGGGCAGGGGCAGUCUCAGGCUAACACUGAAAUCAACACAAACACCACAGCUACUGUAAUGGCCAGUCGUCAUUAUCAGACAGGGCAGGGGCAGUCUCAGGCUAACACUGAAUCCAACACAACCCCCAAAGCUACUGUAAUGGCCAGUGGUGAUGAUCAGACAGGACAGGGUCAGUCUCAGGCCGUGACUGAAUCAUUGGAUGUUGGAAAUCUACUUUACGGUACAGGGCAGAUUGUCUCGCAGAUAAAUUCUGUGUACAAAACAGGUACUGUAAUGACCAGCGGUCAGGAUCAGACAGGACAGGGUCAGUCUUAG